UAAUGUCGUUGAUCUCAAUGCAGCAAGGUUCCGGUGAUUCGGUGAGUGUGCUCUUUUCAAACAUGGAGAGGUUAUUUGUUUGAAAUAAUAUGUGCGACUUAGGGAACCGGGGUGUUGUCGCGUCAGUAAGUGUGUUAAGUGGGUGUGUGUUCCUUUACAACGUUUGGGGACCGAUUCUCCUUCUUACGGUUUCGCUGUUUCUGACUAUUUACGCGUGCUAUUCUCUGAUCACUAGCGACAGUUUGUUCUCGCCGCACGCGUUCCUUCUAUUCGAUUAUUGCAAACACGUAACUCUUGAAGUUCGCGCAAGCAUCGAGAAUAUCGUUGGCCACGUUUCUCAGUACGCUCGUACACUUUGGGAGACCGGGAGUCGUCGUUUUCGUGAACUAAACCUAACCAAAACUAAGAUGGAAAGAUGUCGUGGUGCCCAUUAUCAGCUCAGCAGUGACCCUUAUCCAAAUAGAAGAAACUCUUCGAACUUUGCGUCCAUAUCGCAGCUCAGUCCGAUUUUACGAACAGCGCAGAAUUCUGACGCCAACGACGCUAAACCGGAAAGUAAAACGUACCGUAAUUCUGAUUAUUCGUCGUACGAUCGCAACCUCUUUAACAAGCAUUCCUCGACGCCGAUAUUCCCGCGAAACAAAGAGGAAUUUGAGAACGAAGCGGACGAAUCUGUGUCAUCCGGUCAAGCGAUAUGGAAGAGAACGUCUCCUUAUUCGCAGAAUCAUACAUUGUCGCAAGGUGAAAACACAAUGUAUUACACUAUGGAGGGGUCGCCGUGGGGUACCAACAUCGGUCCAAAAGUACAAUCGAAAACCAGUUCUGUAGAAACUGGUCGAGCAGUUUCCGGACCUUUAUCGACAUCGACUAGAUACAAUAUAGAUCCCAGAGUGUACAACGACGUGACUUCCCCAGGACUUACGGGUCGAUUAACGAAAUACGCGGCAGAAGCGAAUAACACGUUAAGUCAUCAGGCUCGAUAUCGCAUAGGAGAGUUUCCAAAAGUCAAUCUUCAAGCUAGUUCGGUUCCCUUGAUAAACCCAAAAAUUGUAAAGACGAGAACGCCUAUGAUCGUUAGAGUAGCUUCACCGGACGCUGUUCGCUGUUCCCCGCCGGGGAAGCAGAAAAUUUUAACGGAUUUAUGCGACAUGGACAGCGGCUGUUCCUCUCUCAGCGUUGUUCAGACUUUAAGAGAUAUAUCGUUGAAGAGACACGCGUCGAGAGAAGAUGUAGCUGCCGAUUUAGCGAAAAAGCAACGAACUGGUGGUUUCGCUGCGAACGAAUUUGAAAUGCAAGACGAGACGAAACAGAAGAGAAGCAGAGAGGACUCGUCGAAAUCGGAGGAAGAGAUUUCGCCGCAAAAUAAAACCGUCAGACCCACGAAACGAACCAAAACACCGUCUUGUUACGAUAUCCUGAACUCAUUUAGCUCUAGUAAACACGUUGCUUCCGGCGUUAAAAGGAAAGCUGGAGAUCUUUCACGAAGCGGAACGCCAGACUUUGAGAAACAUUUCAAAUCCUUGGAGUGCGUACAGAGCAGCGGCGCGCAAACGUUACCGGAAGUACAGAAUAUAAACGUGAAACAUCGUAAUCACGAGACUAUGGAAAAGAAACAUUCGGAUGCGUGCAGCCCUUACGACAAGUUACAAGAGCAGGCACCGUUGAAGGGAAUUCUGAAGACGAGUGCUGAAAGUGUAGAGAUCAACUCGCAUAAUGACGUUAACGCGAAACAUAGAAACGUAUAUAAUGGAAAGGAUCAAUCCACCGGGUCAGACACCUCCAUGGAGUCGACGACGUUGACAAACAAACUGUUUAUGAGAGCAGAACCGGAAAGAAACGAGAAGUUACGAAUGCUGGUCGAAGAGCAAGGUAACAUCAGAGCGAAAUUCACUACAGAUGAUGUAGAAGAGAUAAAGAUGGAAGAUAUAGCGGACAUGAGGCAGACCAGUAUGAAGGCGAGGCUGCAAAGCAUGUUCGACGCUAUAUCUGGCAAAGCAUCCAGUAAAAUUAAUCCGGACGUCGUGAUUCAAGCGGAAGAAUUGAACACGGUGAAAUCUGUCUCGUGUCCCGUAACUUGCGCGACCCUAAAUUCUUCGACGACUACGACAAACGUUAACACCACGCCAAUCUCCACGUCAGCCUUGGCGCUCAGUCCUGGCAGCAGCGAGUCCCAUUCAAAGUCCCCGAAACACGUAGCAUUUAAUUUACCGACAAAACAAAUGUCAACGAAUUCCACCGCUUUGGUUAGCAGCACUACUUGCGAGACAAAAAUCGACGACACGAACAAGUCGAACUCGACGAUCGAUACGUCUGGAAUCACAUUUCCAUCUACGUCCACGAUCACGCCGGUUCCAACCGAUUCGAAUAUAAACGUGACAAGCUCGGAUCCGAUCGUGGCGAAGAAUGUCGAGUUUGGCAAGUCCCCUUCAGUGACAGCGACAAAUGCUUCGUCGCUUGGAACCUUUACGUUUGGCGCCGCUUAUCCGAGCAACAAUGUCUCCGUACCAGCUACCAGCUUACUCGCCACGUCUACAUCUACUCCGUCGACGAGUCUUUUUGGAAACGUUAGCAAUCCUGCUCCAAAACCUGCUUCCACGUCUGCUACUUACGGGACACUAGACAUGAAGAACGAAACUAAUCGAAACAAUUCGAUGCUUGGUUUGAAAGCUACCGGAAGCGUUCCAUCGAGUUCGACUCCAAUGCUUGGAGGUAUAACGUCCGUUUCCACGCCUUUGAUCGCCACGACUGUCCAGAAAGACAAAGAGCAAACCACAGAAACGUCGUUCGUUAGUGUCGGUGGGAGCACAAUGGCAACGAACUGCACCGCUGGUGCAGUUCCGACUGGACUGCAGCAAGUGACCGCCAGCAGCGCCACCACCACUGCAGCUCCGAUGUUUGCCUUUGGAAGUAAAAGUAGCAACGCGCCAACGUCGAAAACUGAGACCAGUUUAUUCGGGAACCCGGGAGGAAAUUCUGUUCAAAGUAACAGUACGUUUGGAAGUCUGACGCGUCCGCAACAACUAUCGAUCAUUGGUAACGCGACAACGAGUACCAGUUGCACAUCGUCUCAAAGCACUCCUGCACCGAACAUCGUGACCAGCAUCGCGUUCAAUUCAAAUGCAAAAACUACAGCACCGGCGACCUUUGGAUCGUCGUCGGCGUUCACGUUCGUUCCAAGUAGCUUGUCCCCGGCCAGCAGUAAACCCGGAUUUAAUUUCGCGGGUACAGCGCCCUCUGCAACCAAUCGAACGACAGGAGCAUUCGGUACAACAGUAUUCGCUGCCGGGAACAACGUGUCGACUCCAACAUUCGGAACAUCGUCGGCCAGCAGCGCUCGACAGUUCAAUUCGAGCGCUACUCCGAUAUUCGGGAACGCGUUGACCGCGUCUACAGCGCCAACCUCGUCGAUAUUCGGAACUACCAACAGCCAGCCAAUCUUCGGUACCGCUUCGAGCUUGAACACGAUCGGGGCCGGUUCGUUCGCUCCUCCGAAGACCACAGCCACAGCUAUAUUUGGCUCCAUCGGUGGUUCGACCACGUCAGGAUCGACGUCCACCAGUUCGACGCCAGCUUUCUCGACUAUCACCGGUAGAUCUACUUCCGGAACAACGAACACGACAUCCAUGCCGAUCUUCGCCUCUGGCGCGAAUAUAUCCGCGUCGGGAGCAACCGGGACGAGCAGCUACUUGUUCUCGAACGCAAAUUCGACGACCUCGACGCCGACGCCGGCGUUCGGCGCCGCGAGCAACAUUUUCGGGCAAACGGAACCCGCGGCUACGAAUUUCAAGAGCACCGUUGGAGUGUUCGGAAACAACGCCACGACGUUGUUCGGAUCGCAGACGACAACAGCGCCACCGUUCGGCGGCACUUCGAACGUUUCGAGCAACACGACACCGGUUUUCAGCAACGCUACCGUUCCCAGCUUCGGUGCACAGAUCACCACGUCCUCGAGCUUCGGCGGAGCUCAAAGCAACGCGGCGUCCGCGCAGAGCCCCGCGUCGCAGACAUUUGGCGCCAAAAGUUCCAUAUUCGGCGCCAACAAUGUCACGGUGACUCCUGUUUUCGGCGCUUCGAGCAACGAGGCCUUCAAUUCCGCCGCGCCUAACAGUUUCGGCGAUCAGAACGCCACGAGCGGUACGUUUGCCGGCACCAAACCUUCGCCGUUUGGUGCUCAAACUUCAGCGUUUGGCGCUCCUAAUUCGUCCACCGCUGCAUUUGGAACCGGCAAUGCUGCCAACACCGCAGCCAAUAACACCACCAGUAUAUUCACCUUCGGAGCAAAUCAAAAUUCACCGCAACAAAAUCUCAACACCACCUUCUCUUUUGCCAGCAACAGCAACGCGAACAACAAUGCCGUUGCAUCCACGUCUGCACCUUUCCAAUUCUCCGCGACAACAUCGAAACCAGCUACAGGAUUCAAUUUCUCCGCGCCGUCGUCGACACCGUCCAUCAAUUUCGGGACGACGAACGUUCCGAUGUUCAACGCACCGACGCCUGGAAUAUUCAGCAUCGGAAGCGGCUCCACCGCGCCAAGGACCAGAAACGUUCGGACGAGGAAACCGAGAUGAUGGAGAAUGUAAAACUUUGUCAGCUUUCGCUCGUGGAACGUUUUUCAUUCUUACGCUUCUAUUCGCUCGGCAUUCGAUACCGCGGAACGUCGCAAUCAGCUAAUCCGGCGAGCGUCCGAAUCCGAUUUUCGUACCAAGGAAUUUAAUGGAUAAAAAAAAAAAACGUGUCGAGUAUUAUUGUUUAAAAUCGAUGCACCCACUCAGCCAAGGACCGGUCAACGUUUCGAAAUACAAUUUUUUGCCAUUGUUAAAUGUGUCCAUCUUGUACAUACAAAAACGUUACUGCAGAUUUCUAUCUACUGUUGUUUUCAAAUCUGCUCAAGUUAAGUUAUAACAACGAAAAAAAUGAACAAUGUAAAAAAGCAAAAAAAAAAGAAAUGAAUGGUUACGUGAAAUCACGGUGUGGCCGUUUUACCUACGAAAAUCAAGUUAAAAUGUUCGUCCAUCGAAUCGCCGAAUAAUCGAAAGCAAACUUAUCCUUGUUCGUUAAUUUUUAUAUUAAGUUGUAUUCGUGAAUCGUCGAGCAGGUAACUUUUAUUUAGGGAGAUCGAUGUAUUCUGUUAAUCAUGUAAGGGUGCGCGCGAUAAAUUUCUGUUUGUAAAUUUUCGUUGGUCGUUCGAUCGGAUGUGUUUAAAGGCUAAAAAUAAUAUCGAUAGUGACAAAGUUGGUUCGAUUGAUCUGAACAGCCGCGUGUCGUUUUUAAUUAAGAUUAAUGCGAUCGAAAUUAUGACUUUUUUUUCUUUUCCCAUGUCGUAGUUGUUUCAGGUUAAAAAAAAUUAGACACGUUUAUCUUGUAUGUAGGAAAAUAUGUAUGUACGUGGAAAUUAUUAAUUACUCGUUUCGUACUUUCGAUGUAGGAAGCUACAGAGCAGCAAAAAUAUUUGUUUUUCGACGAGCUUACGACAUUAACAUCGAAUGAGAACGCAAGUCCGAAGAGCGGAAUAUUUCCGACCAAAUUAAUUCCGUUUGAUUUUUAAAUACACGAGGGAAACGUUGAAAUUAAAGCAAAACGGACGAGAGCGUGCGGUUAGCCAAAGCACAUUGUAAAGAUACACAAUUAUUUUUUUCUACGUUACAACGAGGCCAGGUGUAUUCCCGAGAGAUUGUAAAGUUAUCGCCAGAAAUAACGAA